AUGCCUCAUACAAAGAUGACAAACUAUACAAAAUGCAUUUUGGUCUCAGGAGGUGCUGGUUUCAUAGGAAGAAACUUCCUUUCCCAUUUUGUCGAGAAAUACCCAAGUUACUACUUUAUAUGUGUCGAUGUUUUGAACUAUGCUAGCAACUAUGACACUCUAUCACGAUUAAAGGACCACGACAACUACAAGUUUAUCAAAAUGGAUUUGAGUGAGGAACUAGAUCAGCUACUUCGAAUAGCUAAAGACGACAAGGUAACUGCCAUUAUCAACUUUGCCGCUGAGUCAUCUGUGGAUAAAUCCUUUGAGUCGCCCAUUUUCUUCACCAAGAAUAAUGUUUUGGCAACGCAGAACCUACUUGAGUGUGCUAGGCUUCUUGAAAUACCUAAUAUCAUACACAUUUCCACCGAUGAAGUGUAUGGCGAUGAGAUUAAAAAUGCCACAGAAAAGUCUCCUUUGAAUCCAACCAACCCAUACUCUGCAACCAAAGCAGCAAUUGACUUGAUCAUCAAUGCCUACAUAAAAUCAUAUAAAAUACCAGUCACCAUCUUGCGACCAAACAAUAUUUAUGGGCCAGGUCAGCACUCUGAAAAGCUCAUCCCGUCAGUGAUUGCGCGGGGGAAGAAGAACCAACCAGUUCCAAUUCACGGCGAUGGCACAAACGCAAGAAGGUACCUUUACAUUAGUGACUUUUUGGACGCGAUAGAUAUCAUAUGGCACAACAGUGACUACACAGGACAAAUUUUCAACAUUGGAGGUGAGGAAGGCCCAAUAGAUAACAAUUCGCUAGUCAGGCUAGUGAACGAAGUUUUUGGGUACGCCGUUGAAAUUGAGUACGUGAGAGACCGAAAUUAUAACGACUUGGACUACUCAAUGGACACUCUGAAAUUGCGCAAGACUGGUUGGAGACAAAGAGUUCCUCUACGCCAGGGGUUGGAAGCUAUGAAGCAUUGUGAAGGCAAUAAUACUGUAGUAUACAUCAAGGACAAUACUAAUUGA